CAAUAUAGACAUUUACCCACAAGUCAAUGUGCAUAUGACUACAAGGACAAUUGAAAUAUCCUUAGUUUAGUUUAUUUACAAUAUAAAUUAGGGUUGUUUUAUAAACAUUUUUAGACGUACAUAAUGCCACCAAAAAAAAGUGAUAAAGGUGGUAAAUCCGGUGGAGCUGCAAAAGGAAAUAGUGGUGGAAAAUCAAGUGGGGAUGCGAAAGAAUCGGCAGCUAAAGAAAAAAAAGGAGGAACAGCUGUCAAAGUCAGGCAUAUAUUGUGCGAAAAACAAUCUAAGUGCUUAGAAGCUUUAGAAAAGAUAAAAGCAGGCCAAAAAUUUCCUGAUGUAGCGGCAGCAUAUAGUGAAGAUAAAGCAAGGCAAGGUGGUGAUCUGGGCUGGAUGACGCGUGGUUCCAUGGUGGGUCCUUUCCAGGAUGCUGCAUUUGCCUUGCCUAUAUCAUCAGUCACCAAUCCAAUAUACACAGACCCCCCAAUUAAAACUAAAUUUGGAUAUCAUAUUAUUAUGGUUGAAGGCAAAAAAUGAAAAAGACAAUGUUUGAAUUUGAAUACUUCUGGGCUAUACUUUUGUUAUUUAUCAUGGAAAGGAUAUGCUGUUUGCAGGAACAGUUUGAUAAGGAUUUCUCCAUUUUACCUGACCCUCAAAGAUCAAAUAUUUCAAUUGAUUCUAGUGUUAAUAGUUAUGAUGAUAGAGAUUUUGGAUUAAAGCUGAGUUUCCUUCGUCUAUACCGGCUGAUGCAUAUAACAAUGCUUCUCUCACUUAUAUAUUUCUGUAACGUCUGCCUUUGGUUCAUAAUGUUUAGAAAAGUUCCAUCCAGAAGAAUCUUAUAUAAGAUCAAAAUGAGCUCUGCAGCAUAAAAAUUGUAAGUUAACUGCCGUGUAAAUAAAAACAAUUUGUUACUAUA